ACCGAUACGCACCGUCCUCUGUUGUCAUCCUACAAAAAAAAAAAAAAAAAAGAAAGAAAAACAUGUCAUCCAAAUUAUUGGCUUAUGUCUUACUCCUGUCAGUUCUUCAUACUUGCUCUCUAACAAUCGAAUACGAAGAGGACUACGAGGAUGUCACUGUAAACCAAAUGCUGGCUCCCAAAUCACAGGAAACCGACGCCACGGAAAUACUCAACAAUUUGCUCAAAGAAUAUGAUAAGAAACUGCGGCCGGAUAUCGGAGUUAAACCAACUGUCAUAGAUGUCGACAUAUUUGUGAACAGCAUCGGACCAGUAUCAUCAAUAAAUAUGGAAUACCAAAUCGACAUCAUCUUUGCUCAGACAUGGACAGACAGCCGUCUUAGAUACAACAGCACAAUGAAAAUAUUGACUUUGAACAGCAAUAUGGUGGGACUUAUUUGGCUCCCAGAUACCAUCUUCAGAAACUCCAAGAAUGCAGAUUCCCACUGGAUUACAAUGCCGAACCAGCUCCUCAGAAUAUGGAAUGAUGGGAAGAUACUUUACACCUUGAGACUGACUAUAAAUGCAGAAUGCCAGCUACAGCUGCACAACUUUCCAAUGGACGAGCACUCCUGCCCACUCAUCUUCUCCAGCUAUGGAUACCCACGAGAUGAGAUGAUUUACAAGUGGAGGAAGAACUCUGUGGAGGCGGCUGACCAGAAGUCCUGGCGCCUCUACCAGUUUGAUUUUAUGGGCCUGAGAAAUACUACAGACAUAAUAAAGACUACAGCAGGUGAUUAUGUGGUGAUGACGGUGUACUUUGACCUGAGUAGAAGAAUGGGCUACUUCACCAUUCAGACUUACAUCCCCUGCAUCCUCACCGUGGUCCUCUCCUGGGUGUCCUUCUGGAUCAAAAAAGACGCCACUCCAGCCAGAACCGCUUUAGGCAUAACCACAGUGCUGACUAUGACCACUCUCAGUACUGUGGCCAGGACCUCACUUCCCAGAGUGUCGUACGUCACUGCCAUGGACCUUUUUGUCACCGUCUGCUUCCUGUUUGUCUUUGCUGCUCUGAUGGAGUAUGCAACAUUAAAUUACUACUCAUACAGUGCUCGAAGACCCAGUUGCAUCGAAAAUAAACGACCAAACUACUCGGUCCUUGAUGUGAGACCUCCACACACUGUCAUCGCUCUAAACAACUCCAUGUACUGGCAGGACUUUGAGGACGCUUGUGUCUACGAGUGUCUGGACGGAAAAGACUGCCAGAGCUUCUUCUGCUGCUACGAGGAGUGUAAAGGAGGUGCAUGGAGAAAAGGACGUGUCCACAUAGAUUUACUUGAACUGGAUGCGUACUCCCGCGUCUUUUUUCCCACCUCCUUCUUGCUGUUCAACAUCGUCUACUGGGUCGGCUAUCUCUACCUUUAGCAACUAUAGGUGCCUGUCACAAAACAAGGACAGAACAGUUUAACAGAAGAAGUUCAAGAUUAAUUAAAGGUAACACCAAAUAAACUCUUUCCUGUGGUACCUGAAGCAAUUAUCUGGACAUAUUAACAGAGGCCAGCGUGUGUCUGCAGGCCUGUGCCUGGCAGACAUUACAGCCUGUGAUUUCAGGCAUGAGAAUAAAACACUUUCCUUAUUCCCUUCAUAUGCUGUACACAGAGGGAGGACAGAUUGGACUGUGUGCUGAUGACAAUAUGAAGACAAAGAAGGAAAUGGGUUUUGCUACCCUAAACUUCUCAGUCAGGAAGAUUACUUAUAUUGUAGGGAAUGUACAGGCGCGUUAUUAUCCAGCCAUCAGUCAAACCCAGUUGAUGAAAAUCCAAGGACAUUCAAACCAUUCAUAGUGCCUUCCUCUGGAGGGGUAGAUACAAUCUGCUACAAUAAUCAGGGAAUAAUGAUUUAUAUGAAAAAAAAAUGAAUGAAGAGUCUGGCUUUGACUGAUUAUGGCUGUUCUCAUUCAGAGCUUUGAGUUACAUUUAUAAAACAGCUGUUUGUGGUAACAACCACAAAAAGAAUCAUUAGGUUCUUAUCUCUUCAUAAUGACUCUCAGCCAUUAAUGACUUAUUCCUUCUGCUUGCAGCACUAUUAGUACUCUACUGUAUACGGUAUAAUAAAUAAAUGGAUUCCCAGGGAAGAGUAUAUAUCUAUAAUUUUACAGCAGAAAGAAUCAUUUGUACUUAAUUGGCAACAUUUUACACAUUUUA